AUGAGUAGUGAAAUAUUUGACAAAUAUGUUGAUGAGAAGCUUUCGAAUCCAAUUGAAGUUGAGAGCAGGAUUGAAACAAGGAAGAAGGGUGUUUCUUGGGUUAGAAUAACCAUUCUCUUUUUAUUUGCGAUUUUUUUCAUAUAUUUGAGAAGAUUUGUCAACACUUUACAAGAGCUGACUUUUUAUGUUGGUCCUGAUGGGCCUGAAAUAGAAGAACAGUUCUUAGAACACCUAAAGACUAACUUAGCUGGUAAUUGGUCAAGGAAGUACACAUCUAUUCCACAUUUAGCAGGUCAAGGUAAGGAAUUGUUGGAAUUCACUGCUGAAAAGUUCAAAGAAUAUGGAUUGGAAACAGAAGUUGAAAGUUUCGAUAUCUAUUUGAACUAUCCUGUAGACAAUGGUUUGAAAUUGAUUAAAGAUGAUUCUGAAGUAGUCUAUGAGGCUAGUUUGAAAGAAGAUGAGUUGGAAGAUGACCCUACGACAAUUGGGGACGAUUUAAUCCCAACCUUCCACGGUUACAGUGCUUCUGGUAAUGUUACAGCUCAAUUUGUUUAUGUUAAUUAUGGUACCAAGAAAGACUUUGAAACUUUAGACAAGCUUGGUGUUGAAUUAGAAGGUAAGAUUGCUAUUGCAAGAUAUGGUGGUAUUUUUAGAGGGUUGAAGGUUAAGUUUGCGCAAGAAAGAGGUUGUGUAGGUGUUUUAAUCUAUUCUGACCCAGGUGACGAUAACUUCAAUGAAGAUCAAGGUUACAAACCAUACCCACAAGGCCCUUCCAGAAAUCCAUCAUCAGUUCAGAGAGGCUCUGUUCAAUUUUUGUCACAAAUGCCAGGUGAUCCAACUACCCCAGGUGUUCCAUCCCAAGGUAACGUCACUCGUGUCGACCCAUAUAAUUCAAUUCCAAAAAUUCCAAGUUUACCAGUAUCAUUCGCUGAGAUCGAACCUAUUUUAAAGAAGUUAAAUGGACAUGGUAUUAAUUCUUCAGAAGAUAUCUCUUCAGACUGGGUUGGUGGUCUUGCAGACUUCAAGUAUUGGACAGGACCAAACCCAGAUUAUACUAUUAAUUUAUACAAUGAACAGUCUUACGAUAUUAGACCAAUCUACAACGUUUAUGGUAAACUAAGAGGUAGAGAUCCAAGUGAAGGAUAUAUCAUCAUUGGGAACCACAGGGAUGCAUGGAUCAAAGGUGGUGCCUCUGAUCCAAAUAGUGGUUCGGCAAGUAUGUUGGAAAUCAUCCGUGGAUUCCAUGAGUUGUCAAAGACCGGUUGGGUCCCAGAAAGAACUAUUAUUUUUGCUUCUUGGGAUGGUGAAGAAUAUGGUUUAUUAGGUUCCACUGAAUUUGGUGAGAAAUAUGGCGAAAGAUUAAAAGGACAUUGUUACGCCUACUUGAAUGUUGAUGUAAGUGUUGGUGGUACUGGAUUGAAGUUAGAAUCUUCUCCAAGUUUAAACCAUGUUUUGAACACAGCUCUAAAACAAGUCCAAUAUCCAGGUUCAGAAACCCCACAAUCUCUUUACGAGCACUUUUACGAAACACCUGAUAAGAAAAUCGGUAUACUGGGUAGUGGUUCUGAUUUCACUGUUUUCUUGGAACAUUUGGGCAUUCCAUCCGUCGAUUUAGGGUUUGAUCAUGGCGACAACGAUCCAGUGUAUCAUUAUCAUUCUAAUUACGAUUCAUAUAAAUGGAUGAGUGAGAUGAUGGAUCCAGGAUUUAAAUACCACCAGGCAGUUGCCAAAUACUUGGGUUUAGUAGCAUUGAAACUAAGUGGUCAAAAAGUCGUUCCUUUGAAAAUGGCAGAAUAUGCUACUGAAUUGAAAGGAUACUAUGAUGAAUUAAGUGCAAGAAUUCCAGAUGACUGGUUAUCAAAAAAGAUCACAAAGAGAAGACGUUGUCACGAGAGAAAACAUAACGUAAACGAAACUACAAUUGAAGAACUAGUCGUUCUUACAAAACUAUCAUUAAGUGAUGCAAUUGGUUCCUCCAUCAAAUUGGAUAAUAAGACAUCGUACUUACAAGAUUUAUGGGACAAUUCUGUGGACAUGCCAUUCUGGAAGAGAAUAAUUCUAGCAGGAUGGAUCAAGUAUACCAACAUUCGUUUGUUAUUGUUGGAACGUACAUUUUUAGUUGAAGAAGGUCUGAAAGGAAGACCAUGGUUCAAGCACAUGGUUUAUGCAGCUGGUAGAGACACUGGUUACGAAGGUUUCGCUCUUCCUGGUAUGAAAGAAGCCCUUGAUGAUUCAGAUUUUUGGGAACUUGUGAAAUGGUUGAAAACCAUCUACAGCGUUACUCAAGAUCUAAACGUUAGAAUUGGAUAUGAAAAAGAAUCCUUAAUGGAGAGUUCAUUUUUCAAUACCAAAUAA